UUCUGUGGCUUUUGUUUGCUACUCACAAAAACAAAAACAGGAAUUUUUUUUUUAAAUAUUUAUUUUUUCAUUUUUUUUAGGUGGACACAAUAUCUUUAUUUUACAUUUAUGUGGUGCUGAGAAUCGAACCCAGUGCCUCACGCAUGCUAGGCGAUUGCACUACCACUUGAGCCACAUCCCCAGCCCUCCAGGAAAUUUUAAUAAUAGUUUAUGUAUUUAAUGAGAAUUACAGGUGUUAACUUAAGAUUAUCUCAUUCACGAGAAAAAUGGGGUUCUUGCACAUAGUAUUAAGAAUCCCAUUUUACACCUAGAAUUCAACUAAUAGGGGUAACAUGUAUGUUACUUUGUUUAUUUAACUUAAUAAGAUAGAGUAGAAUAACUUUAGUGAUUUCAGGACAGAUGUUUUUCUAAUGAGCCUGAAAGAAAAUUGUGGUAUAAAUCACAUUUUUUUAAAAAUGAUGACUUAAACCCAUUAAGAAUGUCAGCAAGUCCCUGUAAAUAUUCUCUGCAGUUAGAGUGACAUCUCUUGUAUUAAGUCAUCAGUUAUGAACUCAAGAUGAAAAUGGGACAUUAAUGAGGAUGACAGAAUAGAUUUCAGUUUCAUCCUCUCCAAAAACAAGUUGGUGGUGUUGCCUGGUAACAGAUUGGGGGAGCUCCCCAAUAUAAAGGCAUUUGCUUCUAGAAUUAGAUAUAUAGAAAAGCCAGAACAAGUGAAAAUUUUUUCCAUGUGCACAUUAAUUUCUUUCAGAUUGAUUUGGAAGUAAAACAAAUUUCUUAAAGCUCAUAGCUUUCAAAUGUGGGAGAUAUCAUACAAAUUGUAAGAAUUCCACUAAUGUGUUUUGAAUCUCAUAUUUUUUGCAGAAAUUAACCUGCAGUUACACCCUACUUUUUCCAACCCUGGUAUGGUUUUAUGUUAAUUAGGUUCUCAAUUAUAACUAGACUGACAACUGGAUAUAUUCCAUUUAUCUUUAGUUGGAACUAUAAUCUAAUUGCAUUAAACAAAAGGGAGGAAUUUAAGGUAAGAAUACAGGCUUGUUUAUAGAACUUAAGGGCAGAAAUACAAUCAGAACUCUAAGAGAAAUUGGAACUAGAGUUUGAAAAGUCAUCAGGAAUCCAGGAAGAACUUUCAGUCCGCAUUUUUCUCUGCCUGUCUGCCUGUCUUAUUUCUCCUAUUUUCUCAGCUUUAUAAUGUGAAAGGUAAAUUCUUUGGCUCAUUACCCAAAGUGCACAUGACCUAUCAGCAUGUUGACAGCAUGGAAACAUGUUGACUGAGAUCGUAAGCCUAUGAAGUGAGCAUAGUUUCCAGAGAACCCCUGUGGGCUGAGGGUACGAUAAAGUGUCACUUCAAAAUUUAAUAUUUUGAGGUUUCUUUCUAUUUUCAAGUUGCAGGCUAGUGAAACUCUACGAAACAGCACUCACAGUAACACAGCUGCAGAUUUACUGCAAGCCAAACAACAGAUUCUCACUCAUCAACAACAGCUUGAAGAAAAAGACCAUCUAUUAGAAGAUUAUCAAAAAAAGAAAGAAGACUUCAAAAUGCAAAUUAAUUUCUUACAGGAGAAAAUUAAAGUAUAUGAAAUGGAACAAGAUGAAGUAGAAAAGUCAAAUAAAAAAGAAUUACAGGAAAAGGAGGCAAUCAUCCAGGCAUUAAAUAUAAGAAUAAUAGAAGAAAAAAAGAAUCUUGAGCUAAAAGAUCAAGUCACAGCCACUGAAAAAUUAAUGAGAGAAUUACAAGAACAAAUUGCAAGUAUGAAAUUAGAGCUGGCUAAUUCUAAGCAAAAAGAAAAACAAUGUUCUGAAGAAAUAAAACAGUUUAUGGGUAAAGUUGAAGACCUUCAGAAAAGACAUCAUUACACAGAUAGCCAGUUUGAAUCUGAUGCGGUACAGAGAAUGGUGGAACAAGAAAUGCAGAAAAGAUUAAAGCAACUCCGAGAAGAGAUGGAUGAAAUGUAUGGGCAACAGAUAGUACAGAUGAAACAAGAGUUAAUAAAGCAACACAUGUCACAGAUAGAGGAACUUAAAGCACAACAUAAGGAAGAAAUUGAGAGUGUUUUAAAAUCACAUUUAAAUAUUAGAAUUAAUGAAGAUCAAAUAAAGUUAAUGAACAUGGCAAUAAAUGAACUGAAUAUGAAAUUACAAGAUAUUAACGCUCAAAAGGAAAAACUCCAAGAAGAACUAGGAAUAGUUUCAGGAGAAAAAUCUACUCUGCAGAGACAACUUGAUGACAUUUUUGAAGAACUGAACUUUUUAAGGGACCAAAUUCAGAGAGCUAGAAUGAUAAUAGCUGAACAAGAAAGUCAACUGAAUGAAGCACAUAAGUCCCUUAGUACAGUGGAAGCUUUAAAAGCUGAGAUUGUUCUGGCAUCUGAAUCUAGGAAAGAACUAGAGUUAAAACAUGAAGCAGAAGUUACAAAUUGCAAGCUAAAACUUGAAAUGUUGGAAAAAGAAAAAAAUGCUGUAUUAGAAUGGCUGAAUCACAAGAAGCUGAAUUAGAGAGGCUGAGAACACAGCUUCUAUUUAGUCAUGAAGAAGAACUUUCGAAACUAAAAGAAGAUUUAGAAGUUGAACAUCGAAUAAAUAUUGAAGAACUUAA